AUGACAGAGAUAUCGACGUAUUUGCUACUCGUGUUGCGUGGGCUCGAAAAUCUAGUGGAGGAAGAGAUUCGAUCAAAGCUUCAGGUGGAAACGUUAAAAAUAUGCAGCGUACAGGAGAACUCUUGUCCACCAUAUAUGCAAGUAAUGCAGGGCGAAGCUGCAGUGGGCAAGAUCAUUUUGGAGACCAGGUCUUCGGCUACCGAGGUCCAGGAGCUACGAUCAGUGCAGGCGAUGCUGGCGUUGCUGGCGCAUAGUGAUGAAAUUGAUACCAAGAGUGGCACUGGUGUGGAUCAGAUCGGGCACUUGCUGAUGCAGUCGAAGUAUUGGGACGCGGCUGUAAAGUUGUGGCAAGAGCAUGCGGUACAUCACGUAGAUGAUAACACAAUCAAGUUCCGAGGUUCUUGUGUACGUGACGGCAAACACGCGUACAACUCGCAAACUGUGGCAGGAGAAAUCGGUGCACGUGUCGUUGAAAAGUUUGGAUGGAGCGUGAACUUGACGGUGUUUGAUCUAGAAGUGGUCGUUGUGAUCUUCUACAAGUUCAUGGUGGCUGGCAUCGCGCUGGCGGAUCCUCACAAGAUUCAGUUUCGCAACCGAUUGGCAAACGAAUGCCGCAACGCAUUAGCAGAUUCAAAGUACGUUUCCACUUUACGUCCAAGCACAGCGUACCUGAUGCUUCAGCUUGCGAAGCACAACUAUGGUGACACGGUUCUGGACUCAAUGUGUGGAAUUGGCACACUUCCAAUCUGUGCUGCGGACUUUACGAAUGAUGGAAUUUAUGCUCUUGGAGGCGAGCUUGAUGAGUUGCCAUCGAAAAAAGCUGGCAAGAAUACGAAUACUCGAGCACGUCUGGUGGACAUUGUACGGUGGGACAGUGCGCGGUUGCCUUUGCGUAACCACAGCAUUGACAGAAUCAUGAUUGAUAUGCCAUUUGGUGUUCGCUGUGGUAAUCAGCGUCAGAAUAACAAGAUGUAUCCGAGAAUUUUCAAGGAGCUCCUCCGUGUGUUGCAUCCAAAUGGUCGAGCAGUCUUGUUGGUCAUAUCCAAAAAACUUUUCAAAGGAGCUAUUAAGGAUUUGCCAUUUCAGGUUGUAGCUCAACACAUGGUGAAUAUUGGAGACGGCGCAGAAGAUUGCAAGGAUCUUGGUGCUCCUGUAAACUUCUGCAAGAAGAGGAGCAACAGCAGCCGCAAGAAAGUGACGAAAAUCUCACGCAGCAACAACAGAUCCAGUCGCACCACAGCACUCAUCAGCAGCUUUCAUCGAUGUCUCUGGCUUAGUACAACUUUUGAGCCAAACCAACCAGAAUACAUCUAUCGCUUUGCUGAAGACCGAGUAGAUUCAGUGAUGACGAAGGAUACAAAAGUGACGAUGGAGCAGCAACAGAAAUCCAUUGAGGUAGUAGCACAGGCGCUUGCUAAGGCUGAAGAAGCGCUGGAUAAUUCUCAUGCGGCUGAGUUUUUGGGCAUAAAAGGUUUCUAG